CAGCGGCGUCAACAAGAAAAUCGUCAGCAAAAACAGCAUAAAAAACCAAAACAACAUGCACAGCAACAACGUAUAUUAGAAGAAUUAGACCGAGUUCAAACAGAGGUCAUUCGAGUACCCAUCUGCUGGCUUUGAACCAUUCCACUAUUCUGUGCGAAUUGUAUACGAAAAGUCGUAUACUCCAGUUUCGGUUUUGGCUCCCAGUUUAGGCUAGUGUGCAAAAUGGAACUGAUUGGACACGUUAAGAACUACGAGUGGGGCAAACUCGGGGAUGAAUCGUACGUGGCAAGAAUCGCUGCAGCCAACCAGACCGACGGUACGUUCGUAGUGGAUGCCAACAAACCGUACGCCGAACUGUGGAUGGGAACUCACUGUAGCGGUCCUUCAUUGGUCAAGCAAUCCGGUCUGGAGCUCGGUUCGGUUAUUCGUCCCCAGGAACAACCAACCUACCUGUUUAAGGUACUCAGCAUUCAGAAGGCGUUAAGUAUUCAGCUGCACCCGAACAAGAUGGAAGCUACCGCCCUACAUGCAAAAUUUCCAGACAUAUAUAAGGAUCCUAACCAUAAGCCAGAGCUUGCAAUCGCUCUCACGGAAUUCAAAGCAAUGUGUGGAUUCCGCCGGUACACUGAUAUAUAUUCCCAGCUACAGAAUUGGCCGGAGUUGCAAGCGCUUCUCGGCGCGGAUGAAAUUGCGAAAACUAAUGUACCUGAAGAUGAGGAAAACUAUGAGGUUCGUGAAGUGAUGAGAAAUCUAUACUCAUCCCUCAUGAACCUUGAACCGGAGCAACUGGAGAAGUGUAUAUCCAGCAUGCACAACAAGAUACUGGCGAAGCCAGAAAAAUCAUCUCUGGAUCAGCUGUUUCUAGAGCUGCAUAACGAUUUCGGGUCCGAUGUCGGACUGCUUUCGAUCUACUUUCUCAACGUGCUCGACUUGCAACCCGGGCAGUCCAUUUACCUGGCGGCCAACGUUCCGCAUGCAUACAUUCGGGGUGACUGCGUCGAGUGUAUGUCCUGUUCGGACAAUGUAGUGCGAGCCGGAUUGACGCCCAAGUUCAAAGACAUUGAGACGUUGCUUCGGCUGGUUGAAGUUAAAAGUGCAUCCCCGGAGUCCCUGAUGUGCGAGCCGAUCGUAAAAGAUCCGAAACGACAGCCGUACACUCGCACCUACUGUCCGAACGAUCCGUGGCUUUUGGAAUUUUCCGUUUCCAUGCUGACCGUUCCUCCAGGGGUGAAUGAUUAUCCCAUUACUAAUGGAAUUAACGGUUCCAUACUGUUGGUAACCGCAGGCAAGGGCACACUGCGAGGAAACGUGAAAAACAUCACCGUGCAAUUCGGGAGUAUAGUGUUUCUCUCGUCCGAGGCGGGGGCCGAAUUGCAGUUGUGGCGCAAUAGCGAAGACCUCAACGAGGAGUUUGUUGCCUAUCUGGCAAUGCAGAGGGAGAAAGUUUAAUUUGCGGGUUUUGGUAUGUUUCUUGAUAUUUCACACAGAGAACUAUAAUAUAUUGAAAAUGAAUUAUGUAAUAAACUUUGUUUAGUUCUAUUGACAGUUGAAAGAGCUGUUGGAAAUGAA